AUGUUGAAGCGCGAUUCUCGUGUAAGCGUGGUCCAACGGCUCAGACCAUGUGCUAGUGAUUUACGCAUGGAGCGAGGGGGCGCUGGUUCAAACCCCAGCUGUGAUCAANCAGGAUUAUUAGAGAAAUGGAUUAUAUUCUAUAAGGAUUUUAAAGUCAAAGUUUUUAUUUCUGGAAUUGAAACUUCUUUUGGAAAUUCACCAAUUCACUCAGUUGAAGAGAUGCUAAACUUAUUUCAGAAGGUGGAAAAAGCAAUUGUUUGUAAUGGAAUAAAAAACAAGCAAAAGACAUGUAAAGGAUUUUUAGAGGGCCAUUUUAUGUCUCGGAGAACUGGAUUGUGCAAAGAAUGCCAGUCUAACAAAAAGCCUUCAGCUAUACUAAGCAAAUCACUGACAAACUCCAUCAGACUUGCUAAGAAACGGCAACUUUUGAUUAAUUCUGCAAGAAAAAACAUCAGACUUAAAAGAAAGGUUUCUAAAUUGGAAAGCAUUGUCACUGAAAGAACUGCUUGUGCUCUGACAACUGAAACACAACUGUUAGAGCAAAUUAAGGAUCUUCCUGAUGCUCAAAAAGAAGGAAUCCAAGCUUGUUUGCGGGCAGCCAAAUAUAAACCUAAAGGGAUGAGAUAUCCAGCACGUUGGAUUUACGAAUGUUUGCUGAUUAAAAUAAAAAGCACUAAAACCUACAACCACCUGAGAAAUCACAACAUUCUGCAACUGCCAUCGCCAUCAACCCUUCACAGAUAUCUGGGAAAAGUUAAAAGCUCCUAUGGAUUCGAUUUAUCAAUAUUUAAGUGCUUAGCUGAGAAAUCCAAGGUUAUGCAUGGAUAUGAAAAACGUUGUAUGAAUAUUUUUUUAUUUUUAACGUUCAACAAACAAACCCUAGAAAUUCAAGGCUUCGUUAAUCUUGGAAAAUAUACUUCAUCGAAGCAAGCAUCUGAGAGGGGUGACCAUGCGUUAGUUUUCAUGAUACAGCCUUUCAGGGGCAAGUGGGUGCAAUCAAUUGCAUGUUUUCUGAGUAAAGGUGCUGCAUCAGGCUUUUUCAUUGAUGUUGUGACUGAUGGGGCAUCCUGGAAUAGAAACAUGUGGAAAAAAUUCGGCAUUACAUUGGAGUCUGUUAGCUGCCAACAUGUGUGUGAUGAACUUAGGAGGCUUUGGUUUGUGUCAGAUUUCCCCCAUCUAAUCAAAUGUCUUAGGAAUAUAAUAGUUGCUCUAAAGAACUUAAUGAAAUUCUUUGGCAUCAUGCGAAAUGCUUGUGGAUCUAACGAUCAUCCCAACCCCAACACUUUCCUUCAGGUUUUUCGCUUAGUGGGUACGUAUUCCCUAAUAAAGCCUCCAAAAAAUUCGAAUGUAUCUGGAACUGAGUUGUUAGAGACACUGGUUGAUUGCAGUACUAGACAUUCCAGCGACAAUAAGAAGAUGUUGUUUGAAGAGAAACUGGAUGCAGUAAUAGAUAAGUGUCUAGAUAUUAAUAAAUUUUGUUUAAAUUUGAAAGAAGAAUGUGUCCACAAUUAUACAUCCGCCUUAAAUUCAAGUGAUGUUGUUGUAAGUUACAUUGCUAGGCGUGCAUCCAAAUUCACAAAUUGUUCACUUUGCCAAGCAAUGUUAACCAACAAUAUUGAAACUGGUUAUACUAAACUCAUUAACAUUAAAGAUUAUGGUGGUCUUGUAACACCUUCUAAAAGUGUUUUUGUGUUUGUUCAAACCCUUGAAUCACAAGUGAUGAGUGUUUUGAAAUCAAAUGGUGUUAAUGUUAACGUAUUUAAUUCCAUUUGUGACAAAAUUGAAGAUUUACCACAAUUGCCUUUCUUGGGAUGUGAUGAACAUAAACACAGUUUUACACUAUCU